AUGGCGCCAUUAGGCAAUCUUGUGCGUCUACUUCCACUGCACAUCAACGAAUUACCGGCCCACCCUGCACUCGAAUCUCUGGUCAUCCCUCAUUCAGAACACACCAGGUCUGCCGAGAGCAGUCCAUCACAAGCUGGCAAAGUCGACUCAAGCGAACGCCCCAAUCUCAUAUCAUUCAUGGAGGAAGUCCUCGACCAGGCUACAAUAUUCGUGGAUGAUACUCUUCCGGCCACGUUCAAAGAAGGCAAUUUGAAAAAGUCUGCUCCAGCCACAGCCAAGGUUAGACUGUUGAGUCGAAAUAUUUCGGAGGCAGAGAUUCAGGCUAUUCCCUGGAUUAAUUCCAGUAUUCCGCGAAAUUGGUCCAAUGGGAGGAAACCUGCCGAAGCUUGGUUUGCCAGGAGGAGUCGCCAUGCCAAUCACAGCGACGAAGGAACUGCAGACCUCGACGAGUUCGACUUCGGCUUACGGCAUGACCAUUCGAAGCAUGAGCAAGAGUAUACGCCAGAUGUCUUCGAUUCGUAUAAAGUGCUUGAUUGGUCCGAGCAAAUAGGGUCAGCUAUUGCGAAUGGGUCAGCUAUUGAUAAUUAUAGGGACCUAAGCAUGAGCAUCCACGAAAUGUGCCAUGAACUACCGGCUAUGCUUUCCAACCGCGUCUUUCCAGUCCUUGUCGUCACUGCGAAAAGGGGAAAGCACUCUUUUGUUGUUGUACAGAUCCCAGUGGACAUCUCGGGUCUAACAGUGGCGAUGUACAGCAAUGGAAGGAAUUUGCGUAAAGGUGACAGCGCAGUGAAGCGGAAGAAGCCGGUUCUUGGUGUCUAUACGAGCAUUGAGCGUUGCCAGAUGCUCCCGGACCAGAAUGUUGAAUGGGUCAUGGCUACAGCUAGUGACGCAAAAGGCUGGCUACCAAUGUGGGCCCAAAAGAUGGGGGUUCCUUCCGCUGUUGUCAAGGAUGUCGGGCUAUUCAUUGGCUGGGUCAAGACGCGUAGGCCCCUUUUUCGCAAAGAUCCCCCAUUUAUCGUAAGGCGGGAGGAUGGCACGGGUGUGAACGGAGACUAG